AAAUUUCUGUUCUAUUCAACUCAACUGAGAAUUUGAAAAUGUGUCAUAUCAUUCAGGUGAUCCUAUUCAAAUUAAAAACAUAACUAUGCAAGUAUAUUAUAGGGUCUUAAUUUGCACGAAAAAAAACAAACUUUUGUUAAGUCAAUACCUUGGAGUAGGCUAUGCUGUUCUUCCUUCAAAUUCUACUACUUGGUUUUUCAAUACUUAUUGCCAGCUCUAAAACAAAUGUAAAUCAAUCAUCGCUUCAAGGCGGCGACUCAAGAGCUUUCAAUAAUAAAAAUUCAAAUUCUUCCACAAUUAAAAAUUAUUGUAAUCCUUCCUUCAACAUUUUCAAAAAUGAUAAUUUCUCCCAGGUCUGUUUUAACAAUGUGAAUGAUGAUAGCAACUCAUUGGAAGGAAAACAUACAAAUUAUUACGCUCCGCCACUUACAAACACUUCUAGCCAAGAGUCUACACUCUUGGAAAGUAAUAAUGUGAUUAAGGAAUUAAUCAGAAGAAAUGCAGACGAUAAAAAGUUUCCUAGCUUUUUCAAGGGUAAUUUUUACGAGAACAGAGAAGGAAGUAAAAAUUUGUUUAUAGAUGAGGAGAGACUUGAAAGUGAGAUGAAUGAAAAAAGUCUUCAAGGGCUGGCAUCAAAAAGGUUUGAUGAAAAUAGAAAUUUUGAAUCUCGUUUACAAACUUACCAUAUGCCAUAUACUAAUAGCUACAAUCUAAAUCAUCAGAAUGAUCCAAGAUUUAUUGUAAGAAGCAGAAAUUUGAAUAUGGAUGAUUAUAAUCAAUUUUUAAAUCACUUAAAGUAUCACUCUAUGCCUUAUGACGGUACUGAAAAUAGUUCUAAUUUUUCUCAUGAUGACCCUGAAGAGAACUCCAUGAAAAUUCAAUUUAACUUGAAUGUGGGCCCACAUUCCCUUACACCUUUGCAGAUGAAACAACAAGGUGACAUAUUGUUGAGAGACUUGGAUGAAAAAAUUGGGCCCAAGAGAAAUGAUAUCCAGAAAAAUUCUCAAAUCUCGUAUACCGGUAAUGAUAGUGACGACGGCAACAUAAAUGGGUUUAUUACAGAUGAGAAAACAAUAAUGGAUCUCAAACCAUCAGAUCACAAGACUUAUGGAGAUGUCCUUCAUGACACAUAUGAUGCUGUAUCCUUUGUUCCGCAUGUUUCAGAUGAUUUUAGAAAAGUGAAUUAUAACAGGGAAAUGAACAUAAAAGACAAGAAUACCAACAUCGAUAUUAAAUCGAUGCCUUUUGAUAUUAAAUCUGAUAACAAUGUAUCCAGCUGCAACAUAAAUAGUAGUGGUAUGACUUAUGAUUUUAAUAAGUUGAGUGACCUCUAUCAGAAUUUGAAUAGAUUCCAUAAUUUUCCAAGUGAUGCUUUAAAGUUUCAUGGAAGAUUAUACGAAAAUGACAGAAAUAAUGAUAGGACUUUCAAUGAAGACAAUUUGCCCACAAAACCGAUACCAUGUUUUGUCCCAAAGAGAACUGGAAGGAAAAGGUUCAAAUUGAAUAAUCCUCAUCCACAGACCGAUGAACGUAAUAGAAAAAUCACUCUACAAAAUGUAAAAUAAAAUUUAAUUAACCUUAUCGUACAUUUUUUCUUUUAGUCAAGGAUAAUUGUUUUAUCUUGAAAAUAUGAAGUAUGAAAUUUCUGCUUGUAAACAUUUAUUUCUUCAUACGAAUAUGAUCCAAACACUGGAGAAGC